UGGUAAUGAGGAUUGAAGGAAAUAAUGAGGGGAAUAAAAAGGAAGAAAAAGAAAAUGUACGGAAGAUUGAUCGAAAUAAUGAAGUUAAGAAGGAUGAAGAAGAAAAGAAUAUUGAAUUGAAUACGGAGGGGAAGAAGACCGAUCAAGAAAAGGAAGGGAGGGUUCAAGGAGUUAAUGAAGAGAAGAAGGUUGCAAAAAAUGAUGAGAAGGGUGAAGUGAAUAAUGAAGCUAACUCUGUCAAGAAUAAUGUUAAAGAUAAGAAAACCAGGCGAAAAAAUAAAUCUAGGAAGGCAAAGUCUAAUCCUAAAAAGACUGUGGUUAAGGAUAAAGAACUUCUGAUUAAUGCAGAAGAUAAAACAAAAGAAACGUCAGUAGGAAUCUCUUUAUUAAGGAAACCCCUAGGUUUACUUAAUUUCAUUUUCACCUAA